AUGCUCCGACUCCAGCAGGAGCGUAGAAGUAAGGCAACGCGGUUCCUUCUAGUUGAAAAUGAGUACCAAGCGGAAACGAGCCAUGGAGAGGUCUCCUACUAUUUGACACAAGCGCUGACAGGUCACGGAUGUUUCAAUUCGUACCUGCAGCGCUUUAAGAAGAAAGAGAGUGAGGUGUGUGCUUACUGCCAGUUCCCUGUGGACAACGCAGAGCACACCCUCUUUGCCUGCAGUCAUUGGGACUUGGAGAGGCAGGCCAUGUUCACCGGUGUAAACACUACAGUUACACCGGAGAACAUGGUAGCGCUGAUGAUCCAGUCCCAGGAAAACUGGCGGCUCAUCGAGACCUUUAUCAUCUCUGUUAUGAUGAGAAAGGAUCUCGAUGGCCGCAGAAAGGCGUAA